UUGUUUGUUGUUUGCAAUAGGUCUAUUCACGUACUGUAGAAUUCCGCAAUUCUGCACAGAGUCGGCAGCAGAGCGUUCUCGUACUUUUCUGCAACAAAAGUAAUUUUAUCUCUCAGGCAGAACUUCUGCAAUGAGAGAGGCUAAAGUUGCAACAAAACCGUUCCCGUACUUCCCUGGGCUUUGUCAUAAUGAGUGUCAUAGGUUUGAUGCUUGUUUGUCAAAGAGUAUGAUUUGAUUCGAUGUGGAAUUAAAAUCGAAGUGUUCAGUAUAUUGCUGAAGCUUCCAUUUUUACACAUGGACACCACUUCAUGCUGCGAGAACCCACUUUGGCGCAGUCUCAGGGCUUAAUCGAUGGCCGGUAAGCUGUCAUCGAGACAAGGAGGUUCUCUGAUAGUGGAAAUAUCACAUUUGUACAAUGAACCGCUACAUAUGUGAUUUUUCCCUAUCUUAAUGAGGGUGUCAGGUUAGGAUGCGGGUUUAAAAAAAUAGUGUUUGUAGAAUUUAGGAUUUUAACUAUAAAUAUCAACUUUUUAUACUUUGCCUUUAGUUAUUUAGGGACAAAAUUAGUAACAGUGAAUUUAGUAAUUCUAUCAGAAUCGGUGAUUUUCAUUCAAGUAGCAUAAAAACCAUUCUGAUUUGUCAAAAUUUCCAUAGAGUCUCGAUCAAUCAAUAGUGAAAUGAUAUCGGACUAAAUUCGUUGAUCUGUUGAACUAACGGUUGUCGGAUUAUGAUUGUAUCGACCAUUGUUGCGAAUCGAGGAUCUACUGGAAUUCUGACGAACAAAUGGUCGUCUCUUUUUCAUUUCACGACUUGUAAAAUAUCAACUGUUAUUUUUUUUUUGUUUUUUUUUUUAAAGAAGCCAGACAGGUUUUAAAAGAAACGUUUUUUUGGUUAAUAAUUAAAAUGUCGGGGAUUUGAGAUAAGAGUAGCUUUCGGAUAGGUUGCUUUAAAUCUUGUAUUCAAUUCAAGUUAGGUAGUUAUCCGCAAAUGAAUAUUUGGACUUAUAUGAAUAAUUGAACAUUUUGGACUUAUGAAUAACACACAACUGUGCAUUUAUUCUAGAGUCAGAUCCAUACAGCGUCAGUGUUUAUUUGGUCGAAGUGUACUAAUUCAUUGGCAGAUCUGGUUCUAGUUGUAAUGUACGACAAGACUACUGACGGACGUGACAGGACGAGGGCCCAGUUUAGAGGUUUCGACAUCAACGAUGUGCGGCUGGAUCACCCUCCCAAAAAAAAAAAAAAAAAAAAAAAAAAAAACAAACAAACAAAACCGUUCCCGUACUUUUCUGCAAGAUCUCUCUUCUCUUUCUUGUUGGAAAGUAACUGCAAAUUUGUAUGGCUACACAUAAAAUUUGCAAGUUGGGUUGAAUAAAGCAUUUUAUUAUUAGUUGUUAUAAAUUUGAUAUGUUUUAUUACUUAAUUGAAAAAGUCUUUUUGAAAGGACGUUUGUAUAUUUUGUCUGGUGUCUGAUGCCUGGUUUUAUUGAGAACGAUGUUUGUAUUUUAUCGAUUUCAGGCUUAUUUCAUUAAUGUAAUGAUAUAGCGAAUUCAUUAUUUUUUAGUGCUAAUAUUUAAGGCUAGCUUGCUUUCGCUACCGCUGCUGGCCAUUAGAAUUUUUUAUUCACCGUUUCCUUCCGAUGUGCGUAUACCGCUUUAACCUGAUAAAAAGUUGAUAACUAAAUCCAGUAUCACAGCACGGCUAAUAACCCAACAAAUGCAGUCACUAUUCUACACUCAGCCAGAGCGGUCGCAUUUUGCGCUCGUGUCUUAUUCGCAUUCUUUUGUGAGGCGGUUUCGGCCCAAGGUCGUUCGUUUUCAAGUGCACGCCUUAACGACAAUCGAAAUGAAAACAUUUCGCCAGAAUUCCCUGGUUUUUUACUUCACUGUCAUGCCAGUGGUACCUGAAUUGGGGACAAUCCAAAACUUCCUGCAGCAGCAGAUUAAGCUGGACCUGUCGUCGGUACGUAACCUGCAGGUGAACGUGUCGAGGAACCAGGUCAUCAUCGAGACAACAACGCCGGAUCAAGCAUUUGCUAUCGCCAGGGACCACAAUUCCAAGCACUUCAUCGUGCAUGCGAAGAAGCGGUUCCUGAUUCCCAUCUACGUGGAGGAUGGCGCCAUCGAGGUCCACGAUCUGCCACCUCGAAUGCCAAAUAACAUCAUCGAAGAACACCUUAAGCAAUACGGGGAAAUAACUUCAAUCCACAACGAGGUAUGGCGCGACUUCUUCCCCGGUAUCCCAAACAGGGUUAGAGUCGCGCGAAUGAAAAUUAAACAGCCGAUACCCUCAUUCGUCCAGAUCGAGGGUAUGUCGGCGUACAUUGUUCAUAAAGACCAAAUAAAAACGUGUCGCUAUUGUUCGCAAAAAAUACACGCGGGACAAAAAUGCAACGUUACUAAACUCAACAACAACACCAUAUCAGACGAAGAAGAUGAAGAUAACACCGUGAAGACAUCAGAGCCCGCAAAACUGCAGUUUACCAACGACAUCAUUCCCGAUCUUUCUUUUUUGGAGAGAAUUGAAAACACAGCCACACCACACAUCAGCAUCGACAACCUGACCAACGAUCAAGAAAAUCCACUUCAAAUGACAAAAAAAUCAAGCACUGUCCAGCAUUCUGCAGGAAAGUUUCAGGAAACGAAAAAAAAGAUUCGAAGAUUAAACCUGGCCUAAACAUGUGUAAACAAGAAGCCAAAUAAAUAUUUUUAAGGAAAAAAAAACCCAACAAAUGGCUACAAAAUCGUCAAUUUGUGCAUUAACAUACUGUUGGACCCCUAGAAACAACCCUGGACAUCCACGACCGGCAACCGGUUGUCAUAAUCCGCGGUUCUUUUUGUGUUCUUCGACUAGAUUCUUCUCUUUCUUCUUCAUAGAAAGUCAGGACUCCGCAGACUGGGACUGCGACCGUUGGCGAUGUCUUCUUGGUUUUGGUGACCAACAGAUGGCCAUAUCGAGCGUCGACAGCAACCUAUUUCAAGGGAGACUGCUAUGUUACUGUUCAAAAUUGUUAAUUCAAGAGUACUUAACUUUGUGCAGUGGUGGGGGGCAGUUCUGGCCCGUCCGAUCACAAACGCGCCACCCCUGGUGCUUUUCUGCUGUGACCACGAUUGCCGUUAGCGUUGGCAAGAGCGAACCGUUCGCUCACUGACUGGAUGCCGCCCGACAUGCGUUGGCGCGGCUCGAUGUUGGGUACGCCGUCGCCCAGCUCGCUUCGUUGGCGCGGCCUCUUCUGGUUUCCAAUACGACUACUUGGUGGGGGUUCGUGAAUUCCAAUUUGCGUUCGACGGAUGUUCUGAUGCUAAAGAACGAGGCCGGUAACCUUGUCCGGGUGGACAGAGGCUCAUCAGAACAUCUCCACAUGACCGUGAUGGUUGUUGCUCCAGUUGAGCAACCGCUAAUCAGUUUCUCCUGUAAACGCCCAGGAAAAAACCGUCCUGCAACAAUGCAGGAAUGGCAGGAUUUCCAUCGGCUGGUGGACCAAACAGGAUUUACACAGAUGUGGACCAAACGGAAAUUUCGUCGAACAGUGGGUCAAACGGGAUUCCACCGGAUGGUGGACCAAAACAGACAGGACAUUCCACUGAACGAGGAACCAAAACGACAGCAUUACCACCUCGAAGGUGAUCCAAACGGAAUUUUGUCCAUGGUGGACAAGUCUACUGGAUCACGAAUCCAUCUCCUUCCCCGGAGGAGAUUCUAAACAGGAAGCUUACGACAGGUACAAGGAGGCCGACGUCGUCUGUCAGCCGUACGGGAGGCCCACUGGCCUGCGGCGUACUCGAUGUUGGUUGUGUCCGAUGCUCAAAACCGAACCAAAUCUCUGAUGACGCUCGCUGCGCCCAAUAACCAGAGACGCAUCGAGCUCUAUAGGCUCAAUAAAAACUCUUUACCUGCUCUGUAUGGUAGAACAGAGCUAAGGCAUAGACUAAUUAAAGACUAAACACUCCGAACAAAAUUUUUCAAAAAGUAUGACUCAUAAGCUGUGAACCGCGAGUACCACGUUGAACCACACAUCGGUUCGCCCCUCGUAUGACAGAACGACCUGGCAGCGCUGGUUUUUUCGAUUUCGUUUUGUGCUGAUUUACGCGCGCAUCUUGUUUGUUUUUGUUUUGCUUAGCGAUCAAGGCAGGCUGCAAAUGAGUCAAUCAGCUGUGCAGGGAUUUUUGUUUGGCGCAACGAGCGAAAUUGACUGGUGUUUGGUUUUUAAGAUGAUUGCUGUUUGUCAUCAUUCCUCGUAAGCGAAAUCUGUUCAAUACGAACACCUCAAUCGUCCGCGACCUUGCCGCCGGAUGAUUUGAUCAUCUCGUAUCUAGACAACUCGAUGGUAACGAUUGCCUGCGACACUC